AGGGAACGUGAACACAGGCUGGAGUAUUCCUGAGAUUUCGGCCUGUCGGCAAACUGGAAAUGGUGAGUCCAGCUCUCCUUCUCAGCAGGAUAGUGUGCGGGAUGGUGAACGUUACGGAUACAGCGUUUCCAGUUUGUCUGGAAUUUCCUCGGCUGAAUUUUCCCAACUGCGCUCUGAUGAUGAAAGUAGGUUUGUUUUUUUUAAAUUGACACCAUUCACAUUUAUUCAUUUCAUUCAGACUAAAGGACUAAAGCGCCGCUGCAUCGCUCUCUUAUUUUCACCGCUCUCUGUUUUAGACUUCAGACUCGGCGACAGGUAUUUAUGCGACCACCAUGACAUGAAUGGCUUUUCGGAAGAAGAGCUUCUGAACAUUACGUUUGAGGCGUGCGACGCUGCAGGACGAGGUAGACUUUUUUUUUUUUAGAUCUCUCUUGAAAUUGACAAGACGUUUUUAGAGACGGACCUCUGAGAAUUUCUCUCUCGCCAACAGGAGAAGUUCUGGCCUCCACUGUGGUGCAGUUUCUACAGGCCAUGACGGGCCACAGCGGUGGACAGGACAAGCUGAUCAUCCUGAAGCACAUGUUGGACCCAGAGGACCGAGAUCCACCCAUCGACAGAGACACGUUUCACACAACCAUGAGGAAUUGGAUCGCUCAGUGCAGCCAGGACGGAUUAUUUGACGACAGCUACCAGGCAUCAGGAUCAGACUCUUGCAAAGCAACUGGGAACGGUGAGUCUUGUGAUCCGAGACAGUCAAGAUGUUUCUGAAUUAUUGGCAUCCUUCUACACCCUUGGCACCUGGGUUUAAUUCCCACCUCCACCCUGUGUGCAUGGAGUUUGCAUGUUCUCCUCAUGCUUUGGGGGUACCACAGUUUCCUCCCCAAGUCCAAAGACAUGCGUUAUAGGCUGAUUACCAUCUCUGAAUUGUCUGUGGUGUGCGAGUACGUGUGCGAUUGUGCCCUGUGAUAGAUUGGUACCCCGUCCAGUGUGUCCCCCGUCUUGUUCCAAGUCCCCUGGGAUAGGCUCCAGGCUCCCCACGACCUUGUGUGGGAAAAGCGGUACA